GCUCCCGGGACUCCUCCGGCUGCUCCGCGUCCCGGGCCCCGCUUGCCACUCCUGAUUGGCUGAGCUCCUGUCAGUAGUAAAAGAGGAUCAGAUAGCAAACUGGGGACCUUCAUAAAGGCGUGGUGGGGAUGCUCGAGGAGCGCGGGCAGCCUAUGACAUCAGCCGCGCACGCCUGGGAUGCCGCGGCGCCCCGCCAGACCCCGAGGAGGCGCAGGGUCCCGCCAGCUGAAAGUGGCGUAGCCCCGCGCGGCGAGGCCGCCACUUUUCUGGGGACUCUGGUUUCGGUCACUGGCUGCCACUGUACUCCUACCCGGGAGCGCUCGCGGAGAGUUGGAUGAAUUCUGGGUUGUUAACUGCGGUCAUCUGGGCUCCCGGGAGCCCGUACCUGGUGGAAGUCAGGGGCCAUCUGGCCAAGGGACCAGCGGCUCGCUGAGACUCAACAUGACACUCCUGGGGUCUGAGCACUCAUUGCUGAUUAGGAGCAAGUUCAGAUCAGUUUUACAGUUACGGCUUCAACAGAGAAGGACCCAAGAACAGCUGGCUAACCAAGGCAUCAUACCACCCCUGAAAAGCCCACCUGAAUUCCAUGAGCAAAGAAAACGUUUGGAUAGUGGCAAGGCUGAAGACACCCUGAAGCACAAGGUCAGAAACAGGUCCGACCGUGCAGACGUGGUGAAAAUGCACAUACUCCAAGGCUCCACUGCAGAGAGAUCCGUUCCAACUGCUCAGAUGAAGCUGAAAAGAGCCCGACUUGCAGAUGACCUUAAUGAAAAAAUUGCUCUCCGGCCGGGGCCCCUGGAGCUGGUAGAGAAGAACAUACUCCCUGUGGAUUCUGCUGUGAAAGAGGCCAUAAAGGGUAACCAGGUGAGUUUCUCCAAAUCAGCGGAUGCAUUUGCCUUUGAGGAGGACAGCAGCGAUGGGCUUUCUCCGGAUCAGACUCGAGGUGAAGACGUCCAGGGCUCAGCAGGAUCCCCCCCAGACAUGAAAGCUACAGAGACCCCUUCGGCGGGUCCUCGGGGCAAAACCCAGGAUCUUAUUUCUGGCUCAGAAAAUGAAAGGAAUGACUCGGCCCCCCAGCCCGGCAACCAGUCAGACCCGGGGAAGCAGGGGCUCGGCCCCCUGGGCAACCCCGUCCCUGUACACGCUGCUGUCAAGUCCAAGUCCUUGAGCGACAGUAAGAACCGCCACAAAAAGCCCAAGGACCCCAAGCCAAAGGUGAAGAAGCUCAAAUAUCACCAGUACAUCCCCCCGGACCAGAAGGCCGAGAAGUCCCCUCCGCCCAUGGAUUCCGCCUACGCCCGGCUGCUCCAGCAGCAGCAGCUGUUCUUGCAGCUGCAGAUCCUCAGUCAGCAGCAACAGCACUGCUUCAGCUACCCCGGGCUCCACCAAGCUCAGCUCAAGGAACCAAAUGAGCAGGUGGUCAGAAAUCCAAACCCUCCUUUAGCACCGCUGAGCAAUACCCCUUUGUCUCCUGCCAAAAACAGUUUUUCUGGACAAACUGGUGUCUCUUCUCUCAAGCCAGGCCCGCUCCCAUCCAACCUAGAUGAUCUGAAGGUCUCUGAGUUAAGACAGCAGCUUCGAAUACGAGGUUUGCCGGUGUCCGGCACCAAGACGGCCCUCAUGGACCGGCUUCGGCCCUUCCAGGACUGUUCUGGGAACCCUGUGCCCAACUUCGGUGACAUAACGACUGUCACUUUUCCUGUGACACCCAGCAACGCGCUGCCCAAUUACCAGUCCUCCCCGUCCACCGGCGCCUUGUCCAACGGCUUCUACCACUUCGGCAGCACGAGCUCCAGCCCCCCAAUCUCGCCCGCCUCUUCGGACCUGUCGGUGGCGGGGUCCCUGCCGGACACCUUCAACGAUGCCUCCCCAUCCUUUGGCCUGCAUCCGUCCCCAGUCCACGCGUGCCCCGAGGAAAGCCUCAUGGGCAGUCUAAACGGGGGUUCCAUCCCUCCCGAGCUGGACGGACUGGACUCCGAGAAGGACAAGAUGCUGGUGGAGAAGCAGAAGGUGAUCAACGAGCUCACCUGGAAGCUCCAGCAAGAACAGAGGCAGGUGGAGGAGCUGAGGCUGCAGCUGCAGAAGCACAAGAGGAGCAACUGUCCCGAGAAGAAGCUGCUGCCUUUCCCGGCUGCCCCCAUCAAGCAGGAAGACGCCACCUCCAGCUGUCCGUUCGCGUCCCCGCAAAUAGCUGUGAAAAGACAGAGCGCCUGCUCCGAGGGCCAGCCGCCGGCUCGUGAAGAUGCUCAGCUCCUGCCCCUCGGGAACGCUCACUGUGCGGAGCCCUCGGGUCAAACCAGCGUACUUUCUUCCACAUUCCUCAGCCCGCAGUGCUCCCCGCAGCAUUCGCCCCUCGGGGCUGUGAAAAGCCCGCAGCACAUCAGUUUGCCCCCCUCGCCAAACAACCAUUACUUCCUACCCACAUCUUCGGGCGCCCAAGGAGAAGAGCACAGGGUCUCCUCACCUGUCGGCAGCCAGGUGCGUACUGCACAGAACUCAGGGGCACGUGAGGGCCAUCCUUCAAGCUUCUCUCCCCAGCCUUCCAGCCUUCACCCCUCUUUCUCUGGAGCCCAGGCAGACAGCAGUCAUGGUGCCGGGGGCAACUCUUGUCCCAAAAGCCCAGGUGUACAGCAAAAGAUGGCUGGUUUACACUCUUCUGAUAAGUCAGGGCCAAAGUUUUCACUUCCAUCCCCAACUUUUUCUAAGUCAACUUCAGCAGUUUCAGAGAUAAGCCAGCCUCCAUCCUAUGAAGAUGCAGUAAAGCAGCAAAUGACCCAGAGUCAGCAGAUGGACGAACUCCUGGAUGUCCUCAUUGAAAGUGGAGAAAUGCCAGCUGACGCCAGAGAGGACCAUUCAUGUCUUCAAAAAGUCCCAAAGAUACCUGGGUCUUCUCGAAGCCCCACUGCUGCCCUCCCCGCCAAGCCCCCGGCUUCCUUUGAACCAGCCUCUGCAGGAGGCCAGCUCUCCUUCGAUCACUACGGCGCCGACAGCAACGAGCACCUUGAAGUCUUAUUAAAUUCCCAGAGCCCCUUGGGGAAGGUGGGCGACGUCGCCCUUCUGAAAAUCGGGAGCGAGGAACCCCCUUUCGAUGGGAUGAUGGAUGGAUUCUCCGGGAAGGCUGCGGAAGACCUCUUCAACGCGCACGAGAUCCUGCCGGGCCCCCUCUCCCCCAUGCAGACUCAGUAUUCACCCUCUUCCGUGGACAGCAGUGGGCUGCCCUUAAGCUUCACGGAAUCUCCUUGGGAAAGUAUGGAGUGGCUGGACAUCACGCCACCCAGCUCCACCCCGAGCUUCAGCUCCCUCUCCACCGGCGGCCCCAGCAUCUUCAACAUCGAUUUCCUGGAUGUCACGGAUCUCAAUUUGAAUUCCCCCAUGGACCUCCACUUACAGCAGUGGUAGAUGCCUGACGCAGCGUGCUACGGAAGACCAGUAGGAACCCGGUGGGGGAGAGCACACAACCGUAAAUACUUACAUUAUCCAAAAGAAGGAGGAGGGGGGUGGAGGAGGGGAAGGAGAAGCCGGAGAGAGUUAAAAAGAAGCAAUGGAGACUUCUGUGACAACGAACAAGAGCAAAUCGGAGUCUUUUCUAUAUAGAUAGAUAAUGUAAUAUUUACCAGCCUUCAGUGACAGUUCAUGAUUUCAGCAGUGCACUCAAAAAUAUGCUUUUUCAGACCAAGAAUGCCAAAAAAAAAAAAAAAAAUUCUUCCACUGCCUUUUCAAACACCAGUCUUUUUUCUAGCCCGUACUUUUUCUCAGGCAUCGUUGGGGCAUAAUCUCACUUUGUAAGCUUUUCUCAUGAAUCUAUUACACAUACCGUGGAAAGAAGAUGUAAGCUCUCUAGGGAGCACAGGGAAGCCAGUCCAUCAGAGGUGACGGAGGACGUACCCAUGACGGAAGCUGCUUCCUGUCUCUCCGUCACCUGGCUUUCAAAAUAGAAGUCAGGCCCAGUGUCAGGUUCUUAAGGCAGAACAGAGGGACAGGACCAAUCCAUUCCCAGGGGAGUGAAAUGAACUCAGCGUCCCUCAGCCGCAAAGCUGCCCCGUUGCGGUGGCCCCAAUUCUGUCCCACAACCGACCCACCUUUGGCCUCAAGAACCCCACCUAGAACUUCCCUCCUUCUCAACCAGUAGCGGAAUCAUUCCCACUGUCUCCGUGGUGAUAAGCGUUGUGAAACAGGUGAGAACCUUAAAGCAAAAAGAAAAGCAAAGCCUUCUGCCGCAGACAGUUCUCCAGCACAACCCCCUUUAGUGUCGAAGACUAGAGAGGACCACGCAGGCAGAGCAGAAGGACCUCCCUAGCCUCAGGAAGCCGCAUCAGAGGUCAUUCAGACAGGACUAGAGAACAUCGUUUCACGUGUCCUGGAAAUAAAUACCGUGGGUUACUAUAACAGGACGAUGACAGAAGUCAGGCUGCUUUUCUUGUUUUCUUAUUGGUGGGAGGUGGUCCACCUCUGCUUACCUUUCUCCCGCUCUGCUUUUCUUUCAAGAUAUCAGUCCUUUCUUGCUCCUCUGUUGGAGAUCGUUCCUUUUCUGCCCCACCAUCGGGAGAAGAGAACUUCUGCCUUCUAACCAGCUGUCAUACCCCUAAUAAAGCCAUAUGUUAAAAAGCUAAAAAAUCGAGGUUCUCCUGGAGAACUCAUUCUCCGGAUGCGUAAUCUGCUACAAAAGGAAGUCAAAAGAAUGCCCUCAGGAAGAAACCAAUGACUCGGCCCAUUAGUCGCAAAGCUGUCUCUACCCUCAUUUGAUUAAUAGCAAUCCCUGAUCUGGGUUGCUCUGGGGAAAUCGGAAAUCAUUAUAUAGUAAAGAUUAAUACGAAUCAUAGUUACAAGGAGAGAGUAUUUCAGGUCUGGGUUUCUGAAAGAAAACACAAUUGCACGUUGAAAAGGAUGGAAGGAGAAAAGACGACGGUCUCGUGUGCAUUCCUCAUUACCUCUUGUGCUUUCGCUGGGAACUGAAAAACUUAACUUGCAGGAUCGUCUCCCUAAGGCUCACUGUGGUUCCAGCUCACCGUUUCGUAGUGUUGCAUGCUGUAGAAAGUAGCUAUCGCUGUUUUUAUUUUUUAUUGAAAUCACUAAGGCACUGUUUUCUUCGUUUGUAAAAAAAAAAAAAAAAAAAAAUAUUGUUCACUGUGCACUUAUGGAGAAAAUAACCAAACAUGUUGUGAUUUUAGAAGUUCUCUUUUUGAAAAAAAAAACCAAAGAUUUAGAAGUCAUUCCAUUGUUAACUUGUAAACGUGUGUGAACACAGAGUGUUUUUGCUGACUGCUACUCUGAGAGCUGCCAGAUCUAAUUGGGGGGUGAGGAGGGAAGGAGAGGGAUAUACACACACACACACACACACACACAUACAUGUGUGUAUAGAUAUAUACAUAUGUAUAUGUGUGUCUAUAGGUAUGUGUGUAUAUAUGUAUCCAUAUAUACACAUACAUAUGUACAUAUACAUACACAUAUGUGUAUGUGUGUGUAUCUUCAAGGCAGUGUUAGAGUUCUAUACCAAAAGCCUUUAAGCCUCCAUCUGCUGUGAAAUGAUCUUGCCGUUUCUCACUGCGAGUUCCUGAUUAAUCACCCAGAUUACACGUUGCCUCUCUGUUUAUGACUCAUGGCUCCAACCCAAUGACUCACAGCCACCUGCUUACCAUGAACAAGCGCGUCUUGACUGUGAUGUGAAAAGACGGAAGAGCAUCACCGUUGGUCGCUGGAAAGGGUACUGCCAUCUCUCACGGGAGAGCACCAGUGGAAGAUGACAGUUGUUUUACAUUCCUCCAUCUGCGUUGUGCUUUAAAAGAGCCACACGGUACACUUUGCUUUUAUCAGAACCAAACAUCCAGAGGGGAAGAUUGCCAGUCUCUUCUUUGACAAUGAAGCUAUGGAGAAGAAAACCUUCGUGACACAUUCCUCACGUUUGUGUGUUCCUCAGACGUCAAAGUUGUAUUCAGAUCUUGAUAAAGCUCACUGGUCCGUCCAUUUCUCCUAUGCCACGUUGUGUGAUUUUUUUUAAUGUUAUUUUUGUCCCCCUUCCUUUGGAAAACAAUCGCACAGCAAUCUCUGAGACUCUGGUCUGAGUGUCAAUUAUUUUUUCCUUUGGGUAUUUCUGUCUGAAGUGCUAGACUUGGUUAGGAGGCCCCUAUCUUUGUAAGACUGUGCAUUUUCAUUGGGAUGUUUUUAGGAUAUUAUCAGGCACUGACAUAUACGCCUCACAGUGAAGACAUUCGCUACUACAGACCAACACACGACCCAGAGCAGACUCCUGGAUCGUUGUUUUUAACCUCCUCCCACAGUCUUCACCCGCCAUAUUCACUGUCUCUUCGUAUAUCAGAUAUGAUAUUUGCAAGACAAAACUGAGGAUAAUUGGGAGGAGGUUGAGGAUUUUUUUUUUUUAAGUUCUUUUAAA